UCAAAGGGCCCUCUUGGAUCGAAGAAGAAUGAAGAGUAGAAGUAAAUAAAUCUUGAUUAUGUAUGGAAUGGAGGGUUAAAAAUUGGUUAGACAAAUCUUGGAUUGUAGUACUUUACAACCAAAUGAGCACAUUAUCCUUUACUUUAUACUACUAGCUCAAAAAGAAGAAAAGAAAGGCAAUGGAGAGCAAUGUUGCUUUCCAAUUAUUCCGUCUCCAUUUAAGUUCUAAAAUAACAAGUAAAGUCACAUUAAAUAUAUACAUCCACAUCCUAUAAAUGGAUAGAUUAAAUUAAAUGAGUUAGUUUUCCUUGUUGCAUUCAUUCAUUCCGGUGGGAAGGAAGUAUCAGUGAAGGAGGAGGAAUUUAUUUGAAAAAAAUAGAGAAUGAAGCUGCUAAAUUUGUGGGUUUUGAUUCUGGGUUUUGUUAGUUUUGUUGUUUUUAGUAAGAAUUGGGUGCUGGUUGAAGCUGGUUUUGAGGGUUUCAAGUUUGCACAAGAAGAAGCUAUCUUUCAUGUUGAUGGAGUCCCUUCUACUUCAGAUUCAUCUGAUCCUAAAAUGGUUGAUCUCACACUUAUUCAAGGAGCUACUGAUAAAGGAGCUGUUUGUUUAGAUGGAACUGUUCCUGGUUACCAUUUAGACAGAGGAUUUGGGUCAGGGGCAAACAGUUGGCUUAUCCAAUUGGAGGGAGGAGGUUGGUGCAAUACCAUUAGAAAUUGUGUUUAUCGCCAAACCACGCGUCGUGGCUCAUCAAAAUUUAUGGAAAAGAAGAUUCCGUUUACAGGAAUUUUGAGCAACAAAGCUGAGCAAAAUCCAGAUUUUUUCAAUUGGAAUAGAGUCAAGCUUCGUUAUUGUGAUGGUGCAUCAUUUACUGGGGAUAGCCAAAAUGAGGCCAAGCAGCUCUACUUUCGAGGGCAACGGAUCUGGUUAGCGGGGAUGGAAGAGUUGAUGUCCAAGGGGAUGUCUAAUGCCGACAAGGCCCUUCUUUCUGGAUGCUCUGCUGGGGGUUUAGCGUCCAUUCUGCACUGCGAUGAGUUUCGAGGGAUAUUUCCAUCAACUAUUAAAGUCAAGUGUCUGAGUGAUGCUGGAUUUUUCCUUGACGCGCUUGAUGUAUCUGGUGGUCGAACUUUAAGAGAUAUGUUCGGAGGUGUGGUUAGCUUACAGGGGGUGGAAAAGAACUUGCCUCAGAAGUGUGGUGACCCAACUUCGUGCUUCUUUCCUCAAAACUUGAUCAACAAUAUAUCAACCCCACUUUUUUUAGUGAAUGCUGCCUAUGAUGCAUGGCAGAUCCAAGCUAGUUUAGCUCCUUCAUCAGCUGACCCUCAAGGUCUCUGGCACCAGUGUAAAUUAAAUAAUGCAAAUUGCAGCGACUCACAGAUCCAAUUCCUUCAAGGCUUCAGGCAUCAAAUGCUCAAUGCUGUAGACCAGUUUUCAAGGAAGAAGAAAAAUGGACUGUUCAUAAAUUCAUGUUUUGCUCAUUGUCAAACUGAGAGACAGGAUACCUGGUUCGCCGACGAUUCUCCCCUUAUAAAAAACAGGGGUGUUGCACGAUCUGUUGGAGACUGGUACUUUGAUCGGGUGCGAGUCAAGGCGAUUGACUGUCCAUACCCUUGUGACAAAACAUGUCAUAACCUGGUUUUCAAGUAAUUGAUUGAACUAUUUUUACCUUCUGCCCUCAAUUUAUUUGGAUUCAAGGAAUUUAAUUGACAAUUAUUAGAUAGAAAUUAAGAGUUUGCAGAGAAAGGAUAAGUAAGCCCACCUCCAAGCUUCUUGUAUUGUAUUGCUCCACUAUAAUGCCUGCAGAAUUAAGCAAAGGAUCAUAUACUUCCUUCAUCAGUACCUGAUACUGUAAAUUGUCUUACAAGUUGUUAUUGACAAGUAUCUAUUAUUGGAAUUCGAUUGUUAAAUUUUUUUCUUAAAAACAGAACUAUAUUGUUACUGUCA